UUUUUUUUUUUUUAAGAAAAAACUAAGAAUAAAAAUAAAAAUCAAUGCCACCUAAACAAAAAAAGCCCAGCAAUCACGAAAACAAUGAAGAAGGAGAAGAAUCCUUUCAAGCUGUAAUCUUGACCGACCUUUUUGAACAUCAAUUCUUCCCUAUUUCUCAUGAAAUGCCUAGAUGUCUCAUGCCACUUUGUAAUGUUCCUUUAAUUGAAUAUACAAUGGAAUUACUAGCUACUAUAGAUGUAUUUGAAGUGCUUAUUGUUUGUUCUACUCAUAUCGAUGCCAUUAAGACCUAUUUUGAGCAAUCAUCAUGGAUGAAGCCUGACUCUCAACUUUCAGUAAAGAUUAUUCAAACGCCAGAAUGCAUGUCUGUGGGUGAUGCACUUCGUGAACUUGAUGCACGUCAAUUAAUCACUACAGAUUUCAUCUUAACAUCGGGUGAGCUCAUCUCUAACAUUAAAUUAGAUAAAGCACUUGAAGAACAUCGUGCUCGUAAAAAAACAGACAAAAAUUCAAUUAUGACCAUGAUUCUUAAAGAAGCUUCUCGCACACAUACAGCUAGAGCUAAAGAUGCAAAUAGCAUUUUUGUAUUGGAUCCUAAUACUAGCCAAUGUGUUUAUUAUGAACCUGUCGUUUCACUUCCCCGCAAACAUCACUUGGAGAUUUCACCAGAGAUUUUUGAAAAUCGCCUUCAAAUUGAAUUCCGUAACGAUCUUGUUGACCCUUAUUUAGAUAUUUGCUCAGUUGAAGUUCCCGCUCUUUUCACAGAAAAUUUUGAUUGGCAACAUCUUCGUAGUGAUUUUGUACAUGGCAUCUUGACUUCGGACAUUUUGGGUAAGACGAUUUAUACCAAUAUUGUAGUAGAGCCUUAUGUAGCACGUGUCCAGAAUGAGCAACUUUAUAAUACGAUCAGUCAUCAUAUCUUAAAUCGUUGGGUAUUUCCUAUUACGCCUGAGACUAAUUUAAAAGAGGGUGAUGAUUAUGAGUUCACGAGAGGAAAUAUUUAUAAAUCAACGAGUGUCGUUUUGUCAAGAUCAUGUAUAAUUGACGAGAAUGUACAAAUUGGAUUUGGUACGCGUAUUGGAGAGAACACACGUAUUGGAAAUUCGAUUAUUGGAAAAAACUGUAUUAUUGGAGAUAAUGUUGUAUUAAAGGGUGUUUUUAUAUGGGAUAACGUGACUAUUGGAGAUAACUGUAUUAUAGAAAAGAGUAUUAUUGCCAAUCAUGUUCAAAUUUUAGAAAAUUCAACUAUUGCUCAAGGUUCACUUGUAUCCAUUGGUGUGUCGCUUGGUCCUGAAGCACAAAUUCCUAAAUAUUCAAGACUCAGUCUUUUACCUCAGCCAAAGAUGAGUGCAUUUGAAAGCAGUGAUGAGGAAGAGGAUGAAGAAGAGCGACAACCUGUCAUUCAGGGCAAAAAUGGACCUGUCUAUUUCUGGACAAUUCAAACAGAUGAUGACGAUGUUGAUAUUCGUAAUCUGAAACUUGGUUCAUUAGCUUAUGAUAUGGCUGAUCUUGUUCUAGAGGAUGGGGAUAUUACAGAUAGUGCUAGUGAAGUAGGUGAAUCAGAUGAUGAAUCUGACAUUGGAUCGCUCAGUGGAGGAUCCUGGGCUCUCGAAAGUAGUAUAGCAAAAAAGACAGAAGAAUUCAAAAAAGAAAUUGCACAAACUAUUGAACGUUCUAUAAGUGAGGACCAUAGCGUAUAUACAGCAGCCUUAGAAGUUACAGGUUUACGUAUGUCUAGUAAUGGAUCUUAUACUGAUAUUCGAGAAGUUAUUAUUCCAAUCAUCAUGAAUCAUAUUGAUCCUAAAAAUUCUGUUCAAAGCUUAAAAUCUGUAUUAAAUAAAUGGGCACCUCUUAUUGGAAAAAUGACACAUUUACCUGAAGAUCAAGUGCAUGUUCUACAAGUAUUGCAAAAGCAUUGUGCAUCCCAAGAAUACUUGAGUAAACUAUUCUUAGGUGCCUUACAAAUGUUUUACAAUGCAGAUAUUGUGGAAGAAGACGCAAUUAGAACUUGGUAUGAAUCUGAUAAAUCAAAGGCUAAUCCUGCUGAAAUGAAGUUGAGAGAAAAGGCAAGCAAGUUUAUUGAAUGGUUAGAUGAAGCAGAAGAAGAAUCAGAUGAAGAUUCAGAUUAAAAGAGGAGGGAUAUGAUAUUUAAUGAAUAAAUAUAAUAUUUUCCUAAUGUGU